UUUUACAAACGGACCGAUUUCCUGUUGUCCACAGACGCUCGGGUGUUUGCGGUCUAGCCGUAGAAUGAAAUACAAAUACCAAAAUAAAGAUUGAGGAGUACGCUUGUAGCUCUAAUAUUUACUCAGAUUAUUUUCACUGUAUGUUCGGCUAAUAUCGCAGCAUCUAAAUGGGUGUACAUUAUUGCGCCAUAUGCAAACAAACUACGUUCUCCGGAAAGAAACACAUCUACGAAAAAAAUCACCAAAGUAGACUUAGAGUGAUUCUCUUGAAAUAUUUGGAGAAGGUGAAGGAGGCUCGUCGAACCCUUAAAAAGCCCCAAGUGGAAAAGUUUGAUGGUCCCCAGCACAAGCAGACGUUCUGGUGUUACUGCUGUGAGCUCGAGGUGGAAAGAAAUGUUACAGACGGCAACAUGACUGUGCUCUACGGAGGACUGUUGGAGCACAUGGCCACGCCAGAACACAAGAAGAACACUCACAAGUUCUGGUGGGACAAUAAAGCCGACCCAAAGUUAAGAGACAAAGUCAUCAUCACAGAGGAGGAAACUGAAAGAUUUAAAUCUGAGGUAACUAAAGUGUUGGAGAAUUUUGUCGAGAAGGAGGAUGACUAUGUGAAACAGGAAGCUGAUGUGAUCCGGGCCCAGGAAAAGCACCGUCAGGAGGUCUUUCAGUCUCUAUUAGAGGUUUGUGUUCCAAGGAUAAAGUGGCAGUAUCCAUCACUGGCCUUGACACGCUCGCGUGCCUCUCAGUUUAACCCUGAAGGACCAGGCCAGCAUCAGGGCAGCAGCAGCUCGGUGGCCCCUGUGGCCAAGGUGCAGCGGGCAGCCUCAGGACAAGGCCUGACCUUUAUCGGUUAUCAGGAAUCAUCGAGCAGUGGGAAUGUUCAUACAGGUGGCGUCCCUCCAUGGCUCCAGGACGACCCGAUGGAGGGGUCCUCUGGAGCAGCUGCUCAGCCAGAGAUCGGCCCAUCGCUGCAAGAAUUCCUCAAACAGAAGGAGCAGCAGAAGCUGAAGAAGCUGCCGCCCAACAGAGUGGGGGCUAACUUUGAUCACAGCUCGCACACAGACGCCAACUGGCUUCCCUCCUUCGGCCGGGUGUGGAACAGCGGCCGGCGCUGGCAGUCAAGGCACCAAUUCAGGCAGGAGGAAAGGGAGAAGAAGAAACGGAAGAGGAAGCAGGAGCACAGCAAAGAGGGAUCAAAGGAGGCAAAAACAGCACAGCCGACAAAUUCGAACAGUUAA